AUGUCUAACGAUGAAUCGGAAGUCCAUAUAUAUUACCAGUACUGCCCACCGGGCGUACGACGAGUAAUUGCGUCAGGUACCAGUGCCUGGAUUGGUGAAGUGGAUGAAUCCACAGUUCUCAAGUAUCCCCUCACUCUCGGUGGGGACAUGAGCCGCCUCAAACUGGAAUAUGAAAUUCUUCGCAAAGUUGCCAAACACCCUCGGAUUAUCGGACUCAAGUACCUUACAGCAGAUGGGCUAUACCUAGAGCGCGCUGCGAACGGAACAUUGCAUGAUUACAUAGUUGAAUCGAAUCAUCCACCUGCCUCUCUUCAACAGCGAUUAGCCUGGUGUCGAGAGGCCGCUGAAGCGGUUGCCCAUGUCCACUCGAAGCGGGUCAUUCACUGCGACAUUCAACCUACAAAUUUUCUCCUCGAUGAAAAUCUUCACUUGAAGCUCUCGGACUUCCAAGGAAAUUAUAUAUCCGAAACUGGCAAUAUCAUUUUGGAAGGUGGAAGUGCCGAACCGUGCAGAUUUUUCUGCCCUCGAAACGACCCGUUCCAAGCUGACAUCAAGACGGAUCUUUUCGCACUCGGUUGUACUAUAUAUUUCAUCAUGAUGGGCCACUGCGUCUUUCCUGAUAUUGUCGAUGGAGAGGAGGGAUGGGAUGACAGAGUCCGAAGCCGUUUUGAAAAUGCCCAGUUCCCGCAGGACUCUCAAAUCUGCAGUGCCAUUACUUCCAAGUGCUGGGAACUGAAGUACGGCUCUGCAAUGGAGCUUCUACAGGAUGUAGAAGCAAUUGAACGUAAGAUCUGA